AUGGCCUCCAAUCCGCAGGAUGAUGCUGAUCGCAUUCGCCUGAAACGGCUGGCAAGGCUCCAGGCAGCGAGCCCUGUAACUUCACCAUCCGCCCCGUCAACUCCUCCGCCCGCUACUGCAACUGUACCCAAACACAAACCUACACAAACCAUUCAGAAACGUCCUACGGAGGCCCCUGUAGUACCAGUGCCCGCUGUACCUAGAAAACGCCCGUCGACUGCGCCGGCGCACAUUGAUCUCUCCCAUUGGGAGCACGAGGCGGUCGGCAAUGUCUUCAACGUGACAUUAAGUAAAGACGUCGCGGAGAAGAGUGGUUGGGAAGUAGUGUGGCUCAAGCAUCUCGCCGCUGAGCUCGCGUCAGAAAACAUAGGAAGCCCUGAUGCAAUCCGCUUGAACGCUGACAUUGCAGAUCGACUUCUGAUUUCCCGUCUUGAGUUGGACCCACAAGCAAUGUCAGACGAUCUGGAAUAUCUCGCUGUAAUUGCAUCCCUUCCCGCGGGACAAAGUGCGUUUGAGUACGUGAUAUGCUGCUGGAGACGGCUCAAUGCCCUCAAGUCUGCGCUUUUGAAGAAGAAUUUAUCACCUGUUGAGACACAGCAAGGUCUUGAUAUCCUGGACAAGUUGCGCCAUUUGAUUAUCAGCUACGCUGGCUUGAUUCUCCAAGAGCCUGAAAUGUUUCCUCAGCCGGAAGGACGUGUUGUUGGUCCUUCUGAGCUGGUUGCAUCGCUCUUAUCGCUCCACUCGCUCUCGGCGCCGUUAUUCUCGUCACCUGCAUCCUCUUCACGGACGUUAGCCCCCUCAGAAGUGGAACCAUUCUUGCAAGACAUGGUUAAGCGGUUUGAACCUGACAAUGAGAUCGACGGCGUUCUUGGCCCAGUUGUCACCCAACUUUGCUUCCACGAGUCGCUUUUCCGCACUGAAGGCCUUGCUGGCGGCGUACAAACCUGGCGGGGAGUCAUAAGUGGUCUGGAGGCCUUGGUGAGCAUCAAGAGCUUGGCAAUUAUGAUCACGCGAUUGGAUGCCUGGGAUCCUGCGAAUGCGCUGGCCCCCACAUUCGAGCGAGUAAGCCUGCUUGGGCCUCUCCUUAGAAUGGGCGUAUUUGGCAGAGAAUGGCCGGUGGUUGCGGACACAUAUUUUUCCAAAGCCAAGGAUCGUUCUCCAGGCGACAUUCAGUCAUCUACUGCAAAUCUGCGCGGGACCUUGAAGACUUUACAAUCUUCUCUCUUCCAGGUCAUGAAUAGCCUUAUCCGUGCUUCUCCGGAAUCUCGAGAGGCGGUUUUGCAGUACUUUGCGCAUGCGAUUUCCCUCAAUGGAAGGCGAGCUGGAUCGCAUGUUGAAGCUGAGACGGUGUCAUCCGAUGGUUUCAUGGUCAACUUGCAAGCGAUUUUGUUCCGGUUUUGUGAACCAUUUAUGGAUGCUAACUACACUAAGAUGGAUCGCAUUGACAAUACAUACUAUGCGCGCUCUACCCGCAUCAAUCUCAAAGAGGAGACCAGGAUAAAUGCUACAAGCGAAGAGGCGGAGCAAUGGCGUCAACGUAACGAGGUUUCAGGCGGUUCACCAAAUUUCAUCUCUGACAUUUUCUAUCUUACCCUUGCCAUGAAUCACUAUGGCUAUCAGAAAACGAUAUCGACGUACGAAGAACUUGCUAGGCAGUACGACGAUAUAAACCGGCACCUAGAGACGUUGCAGGGCGAUGGGUCUUGGCGCUCAACACCUCUCCGAGCCCGAACGGAGGCGGCUAUCAAAGCAGUACAAGCCGAGAUGAACAAAGUCAUGGCCAAUCAACUUGCGUACACGGUACAGCUCGCCGAUCCGGAGCUCGUUUUUCGAUCAAUCAGCUUCACCAAUUUUGUGUCGACGUGGCUUAUUCGUAUGUGUGACCCUAGGCGAACACACCCAAAUCCGACAGUAGAUCUCCCGCUUUCCAAAGAUGUUCCAGAGUUAUUCAAGGUAAUGCCUGAAUACCUCUUUGAGGACGUCGUGGACUAUCAUUUAUAUGUUACUCGCGAGAGUCCCGAUAGCUUAGAUCUAUCUGGCAAGAAUGAAAUACUUAUAUGGGCGUUGACGUACCUGACAUCGACCUGGUAUAUCAAGAAUCCUUUUCUCAAGGCCAAGCUUGUCGAAGUGUUGUUUUACGCAUGCUGGAACUGGGGAGGACGUCGUAGCGCAAUGACGACAACGCUGAACUCUCAUCCCAUUGCCCUAAAAUACCUUGUACCUGCUUUGACGCAUUUCUACAUCGAGGUGGAACAGACAGGUGCAAGUUCACAAUUUUACGACAAAUUCAACUCUCGACGGAACAUUGCUUAUCUAUUCAAGACAAUCUGGGAGAACCCUAUGCAUCGCGAGGCGCUCAAAUCUGAGGCCAAAGAUAACAUUGAGAAGUUUGUCCGCUUCGUAAACCUCAUGAUCAAUGACGUGACAUAUCUCAUGGACGAAUCCUUGAGCGAGUUGUCCAAGAUUCACGAAAUUCAGACAGAGAUGGAGGACACUGUCACAUUUAACUCGCAGCCACCACAAUAUCGUCGAGAACGUGAAGGGGCCUUGCGGUCUCUUGAGCGUCACGCAUCUGGCUACGUGCAACUCGGGAACUCCACGGUCAACAUGCUGAAAGCCUUCACAGGAGAAACGAAAGAUCCUUUCAUGGUUCCUGAGAUCGUAGACCGUCUGGCCGCUAUGCUUGAUUACAAUUUAGUGGCACUCGUUGGUCCCAAGUGCCAAGACCUUAAGGUCAAGAAUCCGGAGAAGUACAAAUUCAACCCUAAACAACUCUUGAGCGAUAUUCUGCAGGUAUAUCUUAACUUGAGCGAUCGAGGCGAAUUCGCCCGGGGCGUAGCAGCGGAUGGUCGUAGCUAUAGCAAAGAGCUUUUUGAGCGCGCCGCGGGUAUCGCAAAGAGAAGAGUGUUGUUGAGCGAUACGGACAUUGAGAAGCUACUCAUGUUCGCAAUGAAAGUAGAAGAGACCAAGGCAACUCUUGAAGCUGAGGAAGAUCUGGGUGAAGUCCCUGAUGAAUUCUUGGAUCCGCUAAUGUUUACUCUCAUGCGCGAUCCUGUCAUCCUGCCAACGUCGAAGGUAGUAGUCGACCGGUCUACCAUCAAGUCUCACCUUCUCUCCGACUCGAAAGAUCCGUUCAAUCGUAUGCCCCUCUCCUUGGAAGACGUCUAUCCAGAUGUGGAGCGGAAGCAGCGCAUCGAUGCAUUCUUGGCGGAGCGACGGAAUAAGAACACCGCCUUGGACAAAUCCAUCAAGGAAGUUGUGAAAAUGGAUGUUGACGCGUCGGAAGGCUGA